UUCAUAACCCCUAUCUUCAUACACCACUAUUUUUGGCUUCGUACCUCAUGUUCAUACUUCGUAAUAUUUAUAUUUUUGCUCGUAUCAGGUAAAGUACGAGUUUUGGUACGAGCUUCAAGGCUGGUCUCUAAUAGCGCAGCUUAUUUAUAAUUAUGACACUCCUAUAAAAUAUGAUGUUUUCGGACCCAAGAUUAUCUAAUAGUAAUGUCCGAGUAGCAUAAUUUAAUAAAAGUUUUCCUUAGCUGUCCAUUACAAGAACAUGUUGCUUCAAUAUUAGGACUUUCAAAUCCGGCAAGUUACAUCCCAUCAUUAUAUGAUUCUAAUUUACUUGAUAAAAUGUCAAUUUAUCAGAGAACAACAAAUUUAUUUAGACAAUUUGCUGGUUAUGUUUAUACAAUUUAUGGAGUAGAUCCUUUAACUAAAAUAUUUAAAAAACAUUAUGGGGCAACAUUUCCUGAUUUAAGGACUAUUGUUGCAGAAAGUCCUUUUGUUUUUGUUAAUGUUGAUGAAUUGUUGGAUUUUCCCCGUCCAAUAUUUUCGAAUAUUAUUUAUAUUGGUGGACUUGGAAUGGAGGAAGGAAAAAAUACUAAAAUUAAUAAAAUUGAGGUUUUUUAAUUUAAUAAAUAUUUGGAGUGUAUUAGUUUGGCUAUUCAACGAUUUCCAAUUUUUUCAAUGUUUCUCCUUUCACUUUUCAUAUUUGUUUCAUUAAACCUAUGGGCUCUUAUUAUACUAAAUAUUGUUUAAAUGACCUUACGAUAUUCGUAAUCGUA